CCCGGGACAGGUUUAUUCAAACUGACCGGUAACACUUGACGUGGGUCUAACUCAUGGUCAAACUUCAAAUAACAUUUCUCCGAGCGAAGUGCGCCGAGUCAGUAAGUGUUCGCUUCAUUAAAACUUUUUUUUGAAGAGCUUUUAAAGUUAAAAAAUGAAGUGAAAAUUCAUCCUUAACAUUUUAAUUAAAAAAAAACAUUUUAAAAUAAUGAUUUUUCUUCUAUUAAAGCUUUAUUUUUUUAUAUUCAGGAAUUUUAAAUGGAGUUUAAAAUAUUUUAAGAUAAUUGUAUAUGAAAAUAAAGCAUUCCUUUAUAAUUUAUGCAUUAAAGAAUAUCGUCAUUCAAAUGUAUAAUAAUUAAUAUAUUUUUUUUGUUUAAAAAAUCACCAUUUGGGAAAAUGCGUUGAUAAUUAAAUGUCAAUUUGUCUGAAGCAAGAGUUAUGGGUGCUUGCUUGUUCACCAGGUUUUUUUCAUUUAAAACUACAACUACAACAACAACAACAACAUCGUCUCUCCUCUUAGUACUCAAACAUGACAAUGACAGUUUUGUCCACGCUGGCCAUGUUCACGGCCUUCUUUACCACGACCGGUGCUGGCUUUUGUGUUACAAGGCUUUGUGGCCGCAUCGAGUGUGAACCCAUCACCAAAUGUGACGGCAAGGUUGUGACAAAUGCCGGCCGGCCAUUGUGGGUGCUGUGAUUUGUGUGUGACAAUCCUCAGUAAGUUGGAUUUAUGUCGGUUGGUACUUAAUUUUAUUAUGUACGUAUGGGCAUUUUUGUUUAAUUUUAAAAAAUUAAUCUCUCUUUCUCUCUCUUUCUCUCUCUCUCUCUCUCUCUCUCUCUCUCUCUCUAUCUAUCUAUCUCUUUCUCUCUCUCUGUCUCUUUACCUCUUUCUCUCUUUAUCUAUUCUAGCCGCUUUUUAAUCACUGUCCUGUGACAUAAACACCCCAGUGCACUAUUAUUGUGUUUCUGACAACCGACUCAACUUCUCAACGAUUCUCAACUUGACAAUGUUCAACUGUCCUUACUCAAAACCUAUCUCACCUGCUUUUGACUCGACAACCAAUUUAGCCUGAACUUGACUCAUUAAAUACUGCACCAGUCAUGACUCGACACUGUAAUUAGACUGACUUUGACUCGGCAAUGUACAUAGACUGACUUGAUUCGACAAUGUACUUAGCCUGACCUUGACGCACUAACUACCUCACCUGUUAUGACUCGACAAUGUACUUAGAUUGACCUUGACCCGACAAUGUACUUAGCCUGACCUUGACUCACUAACUACCUCACCUGUUAUGACGCGACAAUGUACUUAGAUUGACCUUGAGCCAACAAUGUACUUAGACUGACAAUAUUUGAUAAUUUACUUCAUCUGACCCUUAACAGACAGACUUCCUUCAUAUGCACUGUCCUUGCUUCUCACAAAGGGUCACAGUUGUAAUACUAAUAUAAUUUUAUAUUCCAUUGACAGAGCCAGGUGACAAAUGUCACUACCUGUUUAUGACUGGUAAGACAAGCACAGUCAGCUGCCCUGACAACUAUCAUUGUGACAGCGUAACCAACAAAUGUGUAGCCGUCUAGUGUCUUUAAGCCAAAGUGUCAGACCCAGAGAAGACAAAGGUUAGGAUCACAAUAAUACAGCAAGCUAAAUGUUUAGAGAAACAAUUUGAUAUUUAUUGCUUUUAUACUGUUAAAGGAACUCAGAGUAAACAACAAUUUUGACGCAGUUUUUUUCGCUCCUUCAAUUCAAAAUGUCAAAAUACUUGUAAGUUAUGAUUGAAGCUGGAACUAGGGGAUUGAUUUACGUCCUACACCAAACUAUCUACGGCUACUAGAAGGACCUCGAGAUCCAGGGACUCUUACCACCUACGAUUUAUCGCUGGAGAGUCAUCUUCCCCAUCGCAGAGAUCCCACGGAUUCUACGACCAAGAACUCCGACUUCGCUACGCUUGGAACAGCUCCGAUGAUCGGAAGAGGGAGCACGGUUCUGGAACAGAAGGAACUCCCACGCUUUGUGAUCCACCGAGAUCAUCAGUGAAGGCUAAGUCCGCAAAGAUUGAACAUAAACCCUUGAGCAAUAUAGCAUUAAUAAUGAUAUCAAUGUAAGUAUUUUAGGGACACUUGCAUCUCAUUGAUAUACAUUUAUGAUUGUAUGACAUCCAUUUGGUAUACAUAGUAAUCACCAAGCGUUUACUACGUAGGUAAUUGUAAAUACCCUUAUUCAAUAAAUACUUGUAAUUAUUUUCUCCUUUAACAAAGACUUAGUUUCAGUCUACAUGUAUAUAGAUAGGUUAUUAUGUCUGUGUGGUAAUUUGGCUUAAUUAACGAAACCCUAGACAUAGUGCCAAGUGGAGAUCUCACUAGUAAAACAUAAGUCAUAUCACCACACCAAAAUACCCAAUUAUUGAGAUGGCGGUGCCUACAAUGGAUCUUAUUACGUAUUUACGUGGGGAGAUAAUGUCUCUAUUUAGUAUUAGAAUAGAAAUAGUUUGCUUCUGGUGCGUCCUGCUUCCUCUUUCAAACCACCCAGCCCACUAAAAAACAACAACAAUCAAAGAAAAGCUGGACAUGUUUUAUUUGACUAGUAUUGAAUAGAAAAAAGAAAGGUUAGGACGCAGCAAGCUUCAUGUAUGACGUCAGAACUCAGGUAAAUAGACAUGAUAAUUUUGUCUUUCCCUCAGGCAGACGCGACAAUCAUUCAGUGUUGUUACUGUUCGCUUCUUCUGUCACUCGGCGAGAAUCAUGCGUAACUUCGGAAUUUAGGUAAAUAGUUUGAUUUUUUUUUUCCUUAGGAAGGAAUUUUUUAAAAAAAAAUGUACCCGCCUUUUUCACGUAAAUGAACUACAUUAUGUUCUAUGUGGACGGGAAUUUUUAGUACGUCAUCUCUAUCCCGGGAAACGGCAACUGCCUGUUCCUAUCAGUGGAUUAUCUCUUGACAGAAACGGUUGACGGAGACAAUGCACUCUAACUAUAAUAUGGGGCAGUUGAUUUUGUUUCAUAUUAUAGAAAAUGAGUUGUUAACUUUUUUUUUUUUUUAUUUGGACACAUGGACCAAGCAGGUUUUUACCCAGACCCUGUAUAGAAAAAAAACGCAUCCGGUUGAGCCCUUGUCUUAAUUAUCUGUUUCAAUGCGCGAUUGGUAUGAACCAAGCUUGUGAAAACAGGGUUUUUGGGUGGGUUUUUUUUAAAAUUUUUAUCACAAGCCUCACUGAAUAGAAAAGAGACAAAAUGGCUCUGCGCCUCAACAAGCCUCACAGAAUAGAAAAGAGACAAAAUGGCUCUGCGCCUCAACAAGCCUCACAGAAUAGAAAAGAGACAAAAUGGCUCUGCGCCUCAACAAGCCUCACAGAAUAGAAAAGAGACAAAAUGGCUCUGCGCCUCAACAAGCCUCACUCUUAUCUUUUCUCUGUUUUACCGAGACGCGGAGUUCAAGCCUCAAGGAAUAGAAAAGAGACAAAAUGGCUCUGCGCCUCAACAAGCCUCACAGAAUAGAAAAGAGACAAAAUGGCUCUGCGCCUCAACAAGCCUCAAGGAAUAGAAAAGAGACAAAAUGGCUCUGCGCCUCAACAAGCCUCACUGAAUAGAAAAGAGACAAAAUGGCUCUGCGCCUCAACAAGCCUCAAGGAAUAGAAAAGAGACAAAAUGGCUCUGCGCCUCAAGUAUGUCAAGUAAAACGAUUAGGCGCACAAACCGCUUAAGGACAUAACACAAUUAGGUCACUUUUGUGUCAACACAUGCUGUAAUGUGUCGCGUUAUGACGCUACUUCUUUCACAUAAUUUGCGUCAGUGUUAUUGUUUUUUGCUUUAUAUUUUGAGUGAGCCUCCACGUAACCUGUGUGAUUACUUUCUAACCCCUAUCUCGUCGAUCAGCACAACGUAAGCAAAAUUUUAUUGAACACUUUUUAUAAAAGUUAUUUUUAGAUGCUGCUUAUUUGCCUUAUCUCUUCUUAUCGUUCAUUGCAUGACCUGAGAUGCGUUUAUUCAAACUAACCUAUAAAGCGUUACGUAGGCCUAACUCAUCGAUAGAACACAAAGAACAUUUCUCCAAGCAAAGUACGCCGAUUAAGUGAGUAUUUUUUCAUUACAAUUUUUCUAAAGGACUUUUAAAUUUAAAUAAUAAAGUAAACUUGCAUGCAUUUAAUUUUAAUUUACAAACAAUUUUUUUAAAAAUUAGGGCCCUAAAGCUAUUUUUUAAAAUUUGGGACUUUUAAAUAAAUUGUAACAUUCUUUAAAAUAUAUAAAAAUAGAGUAUUCCUUUAUGCAGGGGAAAAUUUUUUUAUUCAACUAUGUAUUAUACAUUUUCCAGAAAAUCUCAAUUUCGGCAAAUGUGUAGUAUAUUUGAUUUCACUUUGUGUUAAGCCAGAAAUACUUGUGUGUACGUGUGUGUGAAUCAGUUUUUUUCAUCUUAUAAAAACUUUAUUUUUUCGCCUCAGUACUUCAAACAUGAAAAUGAUAGUCUGGUCAAUGCUUGCCCUGCUCGCGGCUUUCUGUACAACAUCCGACGCCAUCACUUGUGUUGCAAAUAUUUGUGAGCUUGCAGAUUGCGCACCUAUCACCAACUGUAACGGGAAAGUUGUGAAAAAUGGCGGUUUUUGUGGGUGCUGUGAUUUGUGUGUGACAGUCCUCAGUAAGUUGGAUUUAUUUCGCUUAGUUCUUUGUUUUAUUAUGUAUGUACGGAAAAUAUUCUUUUUUUUUUAAAUUCCACCCUCCCCUUCUCUAUCUCUCUCUCUCUCUCGCUCUCUCUCUCGCUCUCUCUCUCUCUAAACCCCUCUCUCUCUCUCGAUCUCUCUCUCUCUCUUGACCCCAUCUCUCUCACUCUAUCUCUCGAAUUCUUUCUCUCUCUCGUCCUCUCUUUCCCUCUCUUUCCCUCUCUCGACAUCUCUCUCUCUCUCUCCCGACCUUUCUCCCUCUUCCUCUCUCUCAACCUCUCUCUCUCUCGACCUGCCACUCACUCACUUUCUCUCUCACUCACUCUCUCCCUCUAGAUUUAUACAAUGAUGGAAACAGCUUAAAUACAUAUCAGACAAACAUGUGAUUACCUAUUAUCCCGUAAACUGAUUUGAGAAAAGUUCCAGGAUUUAGACACAAUUAGCUAAUAAGAAAGCCAUUACCCAACUAAUAUACAAAAAAUAAAAUCUUAAUAAGAUUUUAGAGGGCAUUUACUGUCCUUUGUGUUGCUAUUUAAAUCAAGUUAUUUAAUUCAAGGCCUUUUUGCUUUUCAUACACAUUUGAACUUAUUUGAUUUGAUAAUGGAGUGUGGCAGACAUUAUGGGGUAUAUACUUCAUCUGUUGAUGGAGGGUGACAGACAUAACAUGGCUACAUCCUGCCACAACAAAAACCACACACUGUCAUACUCACUGGAUUCUUUAUUAUACCUCCCCCCAAAAAACAUUUAAAAAAUAAAGAAAAGAAAAUCAUAAAAAUUAUGGCCCAUAUUUAAUCACUUUCACGUAAAAUAUUUCAUUCACUGUAUGGGACCGAGCUAUUGCUCUUUAAUGGCCCCGGCAAGUAUGGAACAGGCCUGCCUCAUCUGCUGGGCAGACCCGUAUAACAGGCUCUCGGCGUGGUUGGCUGGGAGAACCCCAGUCACGCCAGUCGCUAAUGUCGGGCACCCGGCUAGAAGGUGCUCUACUGUUUCCGGUGCCUGUCCACAAUGGCGGCAGCUCGGGUCCCGUAGUGGCGUUUAAGACUCCACCAUUGAUCGCCCUUGCGGUUAGUUUUAGGCAUGUUCCGGUAAAGCUUUCGGGCAGUGGUACCCUGUUCCCAUUCUUUUCUCCAUUCCUCCUGGAAGAGGUCCUUAAUCCAGGCUUUGACCCCCAGUUGGGUCAUUGGCCUGUCAGGUUGGAGUUGGGAUGAGCCUUGUUUCGCAAGCCAGUCAGCUUGGACUUGUGGGGGGAUUCCAGCGCGUCCCGGGAUCCAUUGAAUGGUCACAUUCCCUCCGUGAGUUCCCGUAGAAUAAACAACUCAGUAUUCUAUUAUUGUGUUUCUGACUACCGACUCAAGUCUCAACGGUUCUCAACUUGACAAUGUACCUCACCUGUACUGGCUCAACUACCUAUUUCACCGACAAGGUACUGAACCUAACUUUGACUCACAAAAUACCUGACAUGUCAUGACUCGACAAUGUACUUAGCCUGACCUUAUUCGACAACAUACAUCAUCUAUCUUUUAACCGACAGACAACGCAUUCUACUUAUAGUCAAAUAGACUUCUCACAAUGGACCACAGUUUUAAUUCUGAUACACUUCUAUAUUCCACUGACAGAACCAGGUGACACAUGUCUCUACCUGUUCAUGACGGGUAUGCCAAGCACAAUCGCCUGCCCUGACAACUACCAUUGCGACAGCACAACCCACACUUGUGUAGCCGUCUGGUAA